GGAGAUGGCUUCCGCUGUGAUAGACCUUUCCAUCGGCAAACUAGCAUCGUUUCUCGAAAGCGAAGCGUCUCUGCUAGCAGGAGUUCAUGAUGAGCUUGAAGAAAUCAAGCUCGAGUUAUUAACCAUGAAAGCCUUCUUGGCAGACGCAGAAAGAAAAGGAGCUCUGAGUGAAGUGGAGAAAACAUGGGUGGAAAAUGUGAGGGACGUAUCCAUGGACGUUCAAGACAUCAUUGACGAGUUUCAAUAUCAAGUAAACAAGCAGAGAAGUUGGGGUCCAUACAGAAGAGCCUUUCGUCAAACAAUUUGCUUCCCCAAGGGUCUCUGGGAGAGGCAUUGGAUCGCCACCAAGUUGCAAAGGAUCAUCAAAACAAUCAAAGCCAUUCCAGAGAGAAACCGACGUUAUGGUGUUGAUCGUAUCGAAGGCCUGAGGAAUAGUUCUGAUCAUUACGAUCCCAAUCGAGUCAAAAUCUACGGUGAGUCAUCUCUUUUCUUUAAAGAUGAUGAACUUUUCGGGAUCGAAGAUGCUAAAGCGAAGUUAGUUGGAUGGUUGCUGUCUGGAGAGCCUCAAAGGACUGUGAUUUCAGUGGUUGGUAUGGGGGGUUCGGGCAAGACAACUUUAGUUGCAAACACCUUCAAAACUCAAACUGCAAAGUUUCAUUGCUACGCGUGGCUCACUGUCUCAAAAACUUACAACAUUGAAGAUCUUUUAAGGGUCUUGAUAACAGAACUUUCUAAAUCAGCAAUGGAAGAUGUUUCUCAAGACUUGAGCAAUAUGAGCUACAUGCAUCUGGUGGAAAUGGUGGCCAACUAUUUGCAGCCAAAGAGGUAUAUGAUUGUGUUAGAUGAUGUGUGGAAUAUAUACCUUUGGAGUCAAAUCCACGCAGCACUUCCAGAUGGAGCCUAUGGAAGCCGAGUUAUGCUUACAACUCGAAACGAAGACAUUGCUUCUUUUCCAUUUGAGGCUGGAAGUCAUGUUCACCAUGUUCAGCCUCUUAAUGAGAAGGCGGGUUGGGCUCUUUUUUCCAAGAAAGCUUUCUCUAGCUGGCCUAACAACUGUUGCCCACCAGAGCUUGAAUCCAUUGCUUGGGAUCUUCUUGUAAAAUGCCAAGGCUUACCUCUUGGAAUUGCGGCCUUGGGUGCUCUCAUGUCAACCAGAAGAUUGCCGUCUGACUGGAUGAAAUUUUCCAGCACUUUGAAUUGGGAGCUAAGUAACAACCCGAAGCUUGACGUAGUGAAGAGCAUCUUGCUGCUAAGCUUUAAUGACUUAUCUUAUCGACUAAAGCAUUGCUUCUUAUAUUUGUGCAUUUUCCCAGAAGAUUAUGUGAUUGACUCUGCAAGGCUUUUUAGACUGUGGAUGGCAGAGGGGUUUGUGGAAAGAGUCGAAGGGCCUAAGCCGGAAGACAUUGCUAAAAGCUACGUAGCAGAGCUCACUUGUCGAUGCAUGGUACAAGUUGUUAGGAGGGAUCCAUUUGGAAUGGCCAAAACGUUUAAGGUGCACGACCUUUUACGAGAAAUUGCGCUUUCAAUUUCUAAAGCGGAGAAAUUUUGUACCAUUUUUGAUGAGCAAAAAACAAAUGAAGAUAGCAAAGCACCCCAUCGCCUAUCAAUGCAAGCAAAUUAUGGAGAAUUACAAACAUACAGAGACAUGUCAAAGGUUCGCACCUUCUUUAUUUUUGCUCCGAAGAUAUCUGAUUCUUCUUCACUUGAAAAACUGCCCUCUGGUUUCAAACUCUUAAGGGUCUUGGAUCUUAAACAUGUCCCGAUUUCUCAACUCCCAUACGAAAUAGUUCAUUUUUUUAACAUGAAGUACUUAAAUUUGAAAGGAACAAAAGUGAAAGAGCUUCCGAGAGACAUAGGAAAACUUCAUAAUUUGGAAACCCUGGACAUUAGGCAUUCCAAAAUUCGAUCGCUUCCAGCGGGGAUUGUGAAGUUAAAACACUUACGACAUCUUUUGAUGUACCAUUGCAAUUUUGAAGCUCUUUUUAGGUCUUAUUAUUUCUUUGAUGGCACACAAGUACCGCACGACAUAUGUAAGCUAAAGCACUUACAAGUUUUGGAUGCUAUUGAGUUGAGAGACGGGUUAAUCAAACAACUUGGACACUUGACCCAACUCACAAGAACGAGCUUAACAAAUUUGAGAGAGGCCGAUGAGAAAGACUUGUGCAAGUCCAUCGAACGUUUGAGAUUGCUUGAACACUUGUUUGUCCAUACAAGUACUGAGGAUGAAGUGUUACGGUUGCACGCAUUGCCAUCUGCUCCUCCUAUGCUCAAGGCACUUGGUCUAAUUGGUAAAUUAGAGAGCGUGCCGCUUUGGUUUCAUUCUCUUUAUAGCCUUACAGCAUUGAGAUUGCAUUGGUCAAGAUUAACGGAAGAUUUUGUUCCUCACAUCAAAGCUCUUCCUAAUUUGACCAUACUUCGGCUAAACAACUCAUACCUCGGAAAUCAACUGGUAUUUCAAACUGGAUUCCCAAGGCUUGCUGAAUUGUACUUGAUGGAUUUUUCUCAGUUGAAUGUGAUCAUCAUAGAGAAGGGGGCGAUGCCUGCAUUACAGACACUGGUAAUUACUGAAUGCAUGAAGUUAGAGCAAUUGCCUAAUGGAAUUGAACACCUUACAUGUCUCCACACUUUCGAUCUGGUAAAUGUUCCCAAUGAAAUCGUGGAGCGAAUACGUGGAGAAGGAAGCUUGGAUCAUGACAAAGUUCAGCACAUCUCUGAAAUCAGUUAUCACUACAAAAGUGAAUCUGGGUGGUCUGGGGAAAGAUUGCGAUCGUGUAACGAAUGGAUCGUUCGACCCUCAUCUUCUCAGCUCGAUAUUCUGUCCAGGGAUGGUCUACCUUAUUUACCAGGUCAUUGACGUUUUGUACAAUGAAAAGGGUCAGACAAAAUAAAAGGUAAUUGGUGUGGUAAGUCAAUAAAGUAGCGCCGACUCUGCGUUGAUCCAUGUCAUUCAUCUCUAAAUUGGAGCAUACCACUUUAGAAAUUUCGGGUGCUUAGAAUUUCCAGUCCAAGACUUUAUUACCAAAUAAUAAUGGCUUAAAUGUAAAGUAUACCUGUAUUGCUAUUGUUUACCUUAAUGCUAUAUGUGCAUUAAUUACUAAUUUGCUACCA